AUGGCGACCGUGUCGCCGCCGCUGCCUGUGGCCGCGACCAGGGGCUCCCGCAUCGUCCUCGCCGACGGCCGUGAGCUGAUCGACGGAAUCGCGUCGUGGUGGACCGCCUGCCACGGCUACAACCACCCCCACAUCCGUGCCGCCGUGGCCGAGCAGCUGGACCGCAUGCCCCAUGUGAUGUUCGGCGGCCUCGCCAACGAGCCCGCACUCAGGCUGGCGCGCCGCCUGGCCGGCAUACUCCCCGAUCCCCUGGGCCGGGUGUUCUUCUCGGAGUCAGGCUCAGUGGCGGUGGAGAUCGCGCUCAAGAUGGCGCUGCAAUACUGGCUCAACCAGGGGGUUCGCGGGCGCCACCGCUUCGUGAGCUUCCAGGGCGCCUAUCACGGAGACACCUUCGCGGCCAUGUCGGUGUGCGAUCCCGAGGAAGGCAUGCACAGUCUGUUCGCCGGCGCGCUGCCAAAGCAGCACGUCGUGCCGCUGCCCGAGGACGAGGCGGGCAUGGCCGCGUUCGACACCUACCUCGCCCGGCACGGAGAGGACGUGGCGGCGGUCAUCGUCGAGCCGCUGGUCCAGGGCGCGGGCGGCAUGCGCUUCCACGUGCCGGAGACGCUGCGCACGCUGCGCGCAGGCCUGCGACAAGCACGAUCUUCUGCGCAGGUGGUGCCGGACAUUGUCACGCUUUCCAAGGCGCUCACCGGCGGCACCAUGGCGCUCGCCGCCACGGUCGCGAGCGAUCGGGUGUUCGAGGCCUUCCUUUCGGACGAUGCCGACGCCGCGCUCAUGCACGGGCCGACGUUCAUGGCCAACCCACUCGCAUGCGCCGCCGCCAAUGCCUCGCUCGAUCUGUUCGAGCGGGAGCCGCGCCUCGCCCAGGCGCGCGCGAUCGAAGGCCACCUCGCCGCCGCCCUCGAGCCCGCGCGGGAGCUGCGGGGCGUGGUCGAUGUGCGUGUGAAGGGCGCGAUCGGUGUCAUCCAGCUCGACGACAUGCGCCGCAUCGACUGGCUCAAGGCGCGGUUCGUCGACGCCGGAGUCUGGGUCCGCCCCUUCGCCGAUAUCGUUUACGUCACGCCGGCGCUCACCAUCGACGAGGCCGACCUCACCCGGCUUACGGACGCGUUGACCGAUGUCGUGACGGCGUGGUCAAGGGAGCGUUAG